CUUCCAGCGGUGGAGCGGCCUCACUCGUCGCGCGUCCCUCCUCUGUUAUUGGUCCCUCCCCCGGCCGAUACAGAUUUUUACCCACCAAUUCACAAUCAGCUGUGAGCCUGUGACGCUGUGUAUUGCACUCGCUUCCCGGCCAUCUCCUUUCCGACCAAAAGACCCGUUCCUCGGAACCCCCCCUUCCACUUAAACCCGGCAGCACCAGCCAAGAGCAGAACGCUAGCCCGACGCGCCCAUGCAGAGAAAACCAGCACCACAACGCCACCGCCACCGCCACCGCCGCCGCAGCAGCACGUACGCGCACUGACGCAACCAUGUCCGCAGCGGCACAACACUAGCCGCACGUACGUUCUCCUGUUGAGUAGGCAACGCCCCCAUCAAAGGCCGCACGUCCGCCGCCAUGGUGGCCGGGCGCGUCAAGGCGGCCAUUGGCUUCCAGCGCAGCAGCAAGUCGCCGGCGCCGGAGUCUCUUGCGCAGACGGCUACCCUGGAGCCGUCGUUGGGCUCCGCGUCGCCGGCCGGCUCGGCGCCGUCCAAGGCGUCGGCGUUCGCGCGCUCCUUCGGCGCCUACUUCCCGCGCUCGUCGGCCCAGGUGCGGCCGGCGCGCACUCCGCAGGUCGCCGAGCUGCUGCGCGCCAUCGAGCAGCUCCAGGAGAGGGAGUCGCGCCUCCGCGUCGAACUGCUGGAGCAGAAGAUACUCAGGGAGACCGUCGCCAUCGUGCCCUUCCUGGAGGCCGAGCUCGCCGCGAAGAGCAGCGAGCUCGAGAGGUGCAAGGAGACCGCGGACCGGUUGGGGUCCGAGAACGCGCGGCUGUGCGCCGAGCUCGACGCCGCCGCACUGGAGGUAACGAGCAGAAAGCAGAGGAUCGUUGAGAUGGAGAAGGAAAUAGCAGAGCUGAGGAAGCAACAGGAAGCGGCGGCGGACGCCGAUGACUGCUCGUCGUCGGCCUCGGCGUCAAACGAGCAUCUAGAAAACUCCAGUGCCGCUCCAAAUCAUGCGAGUUUAGCUCAACUUGGAGCUGGGAGACCGUACAUUCCGCCGCCUCCGGCGCCGCCAAUGCCGCCGGCGCCUUUCAAGUCCAAGUCCUACUUCUCCGUCUCGUCGCACGCUUCGCCCUCAAGUUCUUCCCCACCCUCGCCGUCUUCUUCCACGUUGACUUCACCAGUGUACUCCUGCUGGUCGUCGGACGCGGCGGCUGCACCAAAACCCCGCGUGCCAGAGCUCUCGAAGCUGCCGCCGAUACCUCCGCCUCCACCACCUCGCCCUCCACCGCCACCUGCGCCAAUCCCGAGAAAGAGCUCCUCUCCCUCCAGCUCAGUCAGCGUCUGCGGGACCGCCGCCGCUCCACCUCCGCCGCCUCCUCCCCCUCCGGCGAGGAGGCCGUUCGGCGGCGCGUCUCCACCAGGGGCCUCUGGGCAAUGCGUCAGGCGCGAGCCGGAGGUGGUGGAGUUCUACCACUCUCUGAUGCGGAGGGAGUCGAGGAGGGACGGCGGGGCCGGAACCGAGGCCGCGAACGGCGGCGGCGUGGCGGCGGCGCGCGACAUGAUCGGCGAAAUCGAGAACCGUUCGGCUCACCUCCUCGCGAUCAAGUCGGACGUGGAGAGGCAGGGCGAUUUCAUCCGGUUCCUGAUCAAGGAGGUGGGAGGCGCGGCGUUCGUCCACAUCGAGGACGUCGUCACCUUCGUCAAGUGGCUCGACGACAAGCUCUCGCGCCUGGUGGACGAGCGCGCGGUGCUGAAGCACUUCGAGUGGCCGGAGCAGAAGGCGGACGCGCUCCGCGAGGCGGCGUUCGGCUACUGCGACCUCAAGAAGCUGGAGGCGGAGGCCGCCUCCUUCCGCGACGACGCCCGCCAGCCCUGCGCUGCCGCCCUCAAGAAGAUGCAGGCCCUCUUCGAGAAGUUGGAGCACGGCGUGUACAACCUUGCGCGCGUCCGGGACGCCGCCACGAGCCGGUACACCCGGUUCCAGAUCCCGUGGGAGUGGAUGCAGCAAGACACCGGCAUCGUCAGCCAGAUCAAACUCCAGUCGGUGAAGCUAGCAAUGAAGUAUCUGAAACGGGUUUCCUCUGAGCUUGAGGCGAUCAAGGGAGGAGCUGAAGACGAGGAACUGAUGCUUCAAGGAGUGCGGUUCGCCUUCAGAGUGCACCAGUUUGCUGGCGGAUUCGACGUGGACACCAUGCGAGCCUUCCAGGAGCUCAAGGAGAAGGCGUCCAUGUGCCGGAUACUACGGCAGAAGCAGAACCGACAUAUGCGUCAUCACAGGCUCGUUGCCAGGACUUGAGCAUAUGAUCGAUGUAUCACAGACCAUCUCGUCGUUACCAUAGUAUGAUUAGUUGAUUGUUUCUGCUGUAAAACGCCCUAGUAGUGUCACCGAUGAACAGCCUUUGUUCUUCUUUGUUAGGAUAAAUCUUUGAUCAGUGUUGUUUAGUCCUUUCGUUCCUCCGAUGUUCUUCUCCAGACUUCCAGAGAGUAGGGUCACGAACAUUUUGAUUAGUUGGUAUCUUCUCUGUUUUUGUCAUAAAUAUCGUGAUUAUAUCUAUAAAUUUUGCAGCUAUUUGUGUGCAACAGCCCAAUG